GUUUGUUCCCAUAAUGAGCUGCUGGGACCAGUACCACCAGUACCACCAGUACCUCAACGUGCAUGCUCUUCACUCCAUGGCAUGACCACACCGUGACACGGGCACGUCACUCUGACGCUCAUCAUGAAGGUGAAAGACAUGACGCCCUCGGAAGGCCCCUCCCCACAGAAAGUAAGCCACUCCCACACACAGACGGACAUCACCCGGCCGCUGCUGAGCUCGGCAGCAGGAAGAGCAAGCAGAGGUCUGCGGAGGAGGCGACGCGUCCUUUCCAAAGAUGGGCGGAGCAACGUGCACAUCGAGCAUGUGAGUGGGCGUCGAACACUCUAUCUGCGCGACCUGUGGACGACCUUUGUGGACAUGCAGUGGCGCUACAAGUUCGUCCUGUUCUGCGCCACUUUUGCUGGCACCUGGUUCCUGUUUGGCGUGCUGUGGUACCUGGUGGCCAUGUUGCAUGGAGACCUGGCGGAGUCAGCCCUGCCCACUGACCAUACGCCAUGCGUCAUGGAAGUCAAGACGCUGACGGGAGCCUUCCUCUUCUCACUGGAGUCACAGACCACCAUUGGCUACGGCUUCCGCUGCAUCACAGAGGAGUGUCCAGCUGCCAUCGUCCUGCUUAUUGUCCAGCUGGUGGUCACCAUGGUGAUGGAGAUCUUCAUCACCGGCACUUUUCUGGCCAAGGUGGCCCGUCCCAAAAAGCGAGGAGCGACAGUCAAGUUCAGUCAGCAUGCCGUGGUGUCCACACACAAGGGGCGUCCGUGUCUCAUGAUCCGAGUGGCCAACAUGCGCAAGAGUCUGCUAUUAGGAUGUCAGGUGACAGGCAAGCUACUGCAGACGUCACUUUGUGAGGAAGGUGAGACGGUGAGGCUGGAUCAGCGCAACGUGUCCUUCCAGGUGGACACAUCCAGCGAUAGUCCCUUCCUUAUCAUCCCACUGACCUUCUACCACAUCAUCGAUGACAGCAGCCCACUGAGAGCCUGGGCAGCCCGAGGUGGCGGUUGGACAGACGGCGAGCUUGCAGACUUUGAGCUGCUGGUGAUCCUGAGUGCCAUAGUGGAACCAACAUCUGCCACCUGCCAGGUGCGCACGUCCUACCUUCCAGAUGAGAUCCUCUGGGGCUACGAGUUCCCUCCCAUCGUCUCACUAUCCGCCUCGGGCGGAUAUGUGGCCGAUUUUGCCUUCUUCGACAGAGUGGCCAAAACCAGAGCACAGGCCCCUCCACCAAACCAUGACCACAGCGGCAAGGAAAGGGCAGGCCUGGACAAGAUGCAGCUGGGAGAGCGCUUCUUGUCAGAGGGGCGGGGCCAUGUCCAAGACAGUAGCCAGCUGAGCAUGCGCAUCAGCAACGUUUGACCACGAGACGGAA